CGCGGAGCAGUGAGGCGGGCCUGCAGCAUGUGCGCGCACGUCCGCGGCCGCUAGCUGCACACACACUCCACAGCCGGGGCCGCCCAAGAUGUCCUAACAUGGGGACGACAUCGUGGCUGCUGCACGCGGCCGCCAUCUUGCUGUCCCUGUCCCUCGUCACCGGCAGCACGGAAAUAUUCGAUGACUUCAGCGAUGGGAAGUCAGAUAAAGAAAUCCUGGAUGAGCUGCUCAGGAAAGAACGCUACGACAAGAGGUUGCGGCCUCCUGUACCAGAUGCGGACUUCUGCUGCGGGAUGAGGAAGCCUUCGGACCCGCGGGUCGCCGGCACGUCCCCCACGCAGCACAGUGGCAAGCUCCUGGUCAACGUCAGUGUCUUGCUCCUCAGCCUCGCCUCGCCGGACGAGUCGAGUCUGAAAUAUGAGGUGGAGUUCCUGUUGGAGCAGCAGUGGUACGACCCACGCCUGCGCUACUCCAACCACAGCAACUUCGAAUUCCUCAACGCCAUCCACCACAAUGAGGAAGUCUGGUUGCCCGACACGUAUUUCAUAAUGCACGGCGACUUCAAAGACCCCCUCAUUCCCGUCCACUUUGCUCUCCGCAUCUACCGCAAUGGCACUGUCGUCUAUCUUAUGAGGCGUCAUCUCAUUCUCUCGUGCCAAGGCAGUCUGCACAUCUUUCCCUUCGAUGACCCACUUUGUUCCUUUGCGAUGGAAAGCAUAUCAUACGAGCAGAAAUACAUUACGUAUGUGUGGAAAAACAGUGAGGAGACAUUGCGAAAGUCUCCCAGUCUGACCACCCUUAAUGCGUAUCUCAUCAAGAAUGCAACCACUGAAUGCGAGAAGAAGUCCAUCUGGAGAGAGGAGGACUACUCUGAGGACGGUUACACAGGGGACUGCAGGUGUUCUCUGUGCCAGAGAAGGUUCGAGGAGCAAGGUAACUACAGUUGUUUGAAGGUGGAUCUGAGCUUCACUCGUGAUCGUGCCUUCUACUUCACGACAGUGUUCAUACCGGGCAUUAUCCUUGUUACCUCUUCUUUCAUUACCUUUUGGCUCGAGUGGAAUGCAGUUCCUGCAAGAGUCAUGAUUGGUGUAACAACAAUGCUCAACUUCUUCACAACAUCAAACGGGUUCCGAUCGACUCUCCCUGUUGUGUCAAAUCUGACAGCAAUGAAUGUUUGGGAUGGAGUGUGCAUGUGCUUCAUCUACGCGAGUCUGCUGGAGUUUGUGUGCGUGAACUACGUGGGACGCAAACGACCACUGCACAAUGUUGUGUACCGCCCGGGUGAAAACCCUGUAACCCAGCGACUGCCAGCAGUUCUCAGCCGAAUUGGCAUAAUUAUGGCCACUCCGCUGGUAAGACAGGUAUGCCACAGAGAAUCAGAUUCAGAGAGAGAACUUCUUUUAUUAUUGGGUGACAAAAACAAAAGGGACACAUCAGCUCCCAACGAAAUAGUCACCUGCACCAACUGUGGCCCCAACCCGUGCACACAUUCUGCCAACAAUGGCUGUGCUACUGAGGUCCGCAAAAAGGAACCACCUCAUCCCAUCAGAGUGGCGAAAACAAUAGACGUGAUUGCGAGGGUGACCUUCCCCAUUGCAUAUGCAAUAUUUCUCAUAUUUUUCUUUGUACAUUACAAAGGGUUCUCCAAUAGUUCAGAAUAAGCUAGACUGCCAGUUUGGAAACCGUGUGUUCUAUAAGAUGCUGUUGCAGCAGCAACAACAACACCAGUGCUUUGGCAGGUAAUGGCUAAUGAGUGCUGAGCUGAAGAGUAUAAUUAAUUGGUGCUUUUGGGAAAAAAAUUGUACCCUGAAGUUUUAUUUUAUUGCUUAUCUGUGAAGUGAUCAGAGCCUCUUCUUCUUUUUUGUUGUUAAUGGACACAACAGCUACAAGAAUUGCGAUUCUGAUUUUGAAGAUGGUGGGUGACUACUGAGACGCUUGGUCGCUAUCGUAGUAACUGCUGAGUCUCGCGAGAAACAUUUCAUCUUAGGGAAGUCUGUGUAAAUGACUGUUAGAUAUGUGCUCAGUGGCUUGCCUGAUGAACCGAUUGUAAACUUAACUGCCAACUAUAAUGAGACUUAUUCUGACUUGUGGUUAGCUUCAUUACAAGAAGAAAGAAACCUAAUAGGGUCGCCGUAUUUCCAACUCUUAAAAUCUGGUUGUGAGUGACACAGUUCUAUCAUUGUUGCAGGAUUGUUUUGUCUGCAGAAUGUGGUGUACAUCAAAUCACACAUUUUCCCCACUGACAUGGUGGGUUU